CUUGCGUGAUAAUGAAAUCACCUGAUACAAUUUUCUCAUUGGAUCGAUUUUUAUAAAUAUUAUAUGUAAAACAAAGUAACAGAUGUUGAAGUAUAUUGAAUCCUAAUGGAUUACGUAUACAAAAAAAGGUUGACGAGGAUGGAAAAGUUUGAAGAAGAAAACACCCAGUUGUUAUCUACAAAAAACAAUUGUCUCAAAUGGAUGUCGUUACUAGCCGGAGGAUUCGCUCACGCCAUGUUAGCCUCUAAUCUAAUAUUUUAUGUUUAUAUAAAUGACAUUAAAGAGCGAUUUCGUUUUGACCAAAAAGAAGUGGAAGCGUUUGCUUCAAUGUUAAAUGCUGGAAUUGGACUUGGUUUUGUUCCAAAUCUUAUUGGACAAAAGUUGAAAUCAACAUGGGUACUAGCCUUUGGCAUGGUUUUGAGUACCAUCGGUAUACUAAUGUUAUGGAGUUCUACAAAAAUGGUAUCAUUCUAUGAAGAUAAAAGCUGGUUAAUGGCUCUGUACUUUCUUAUCAGUGGGUUAGGUGGAUCUGUUGGAUAUAUAAUGGCAUUAAGAUUCAAUGCAGAACAUUUUGCAGAUGAUAAAAGAGGUCGAGUCAUAGCUAUAAUGUUUGUUUUUAUAGAUUCAGGAAUGAUCAGUUUUACACUUAUUUACUAUCACGCUUUCCCGCCAGAAACUCGAUUUGAAGGGUUGUUGAUAAUACUUGUUUCAUUUAACGCUGUUGUAUAUAUUUUCUGUAUGAUAUUUUUAAGGCCUCCUUCAACUAACAAACAGUCUGUUGAUGAAUCUGAACUCCAAGUUUCAGGGUUUAAGUACGAAACAUUACAAGAAGAAUGUCAAAUCUUAAAAGAGAAGUCUUUCAGAGAUCUUCUUGUAACUGUAGAUUAUCAUUUACUGGCGUGGAUGUGUUCCUUGACGUUCGCUGUGUCCUUGUUGCUUAGUAACAACAUGACAGUUUUGACAAAAGAAGAGGAAUUGAGUUCGUUUGAUAACGUAACGACGUUGUUAUAUCCACCUAUUGUAAUUGUUUCAGCAUUAUCUUUCAGUGCUGUAUCGGAUAAAAUUAAAAAUGUCGUGUCGCGAAUUACAUUUUUAAUAAUCGGUGGAUUAUUUCUUGCAUUAAGUUCUUUGCUUAAUGCAUUUUUGUCAUCAAACAAAGCUAUAAUUGCAACAGCUUUAGUAUUGGCUGCCAUUGCAACAGGAAUGGUAUAUACUAUAGGACCAACAACUAUGAGUGAACAAUUCCAUAUCGAUAAUUUCAUGCGAAAUUGGGGAAUAGUGAUGUUUAUGCGGGCAAUAUUGAUAAUAAUUCUACAUGUGAUAUUUGGGGCUUUUUAUGACAUAGAAAUUCAGGCUACAGAUGGGUUGUUUUGUAAAGGUCUACACUGCACACGUAACGGAUAUAUUCUAACAUGUGCUGUGUCCUUGAUUGCUAUUGGACUAGGCGUUUGUUUAAACUUUCGUAUAAAGAAACGAAGGAGUAAAACAUAGGAACAUUCUUGAACGAAUAAAUCAAGUAAAUUAUAAAUGAUGUUGAUGUUGUAUUAAAAGUAGUUCUUUAUUCUAUAUUAAAGAUUGAUAUAAAUAUGAGAAAGAAAAAAAAAAAUACAAACAUGAUUAUUUUGAUUUUUUUCAGAUGGUGUAAUAAAACAAUGGUAUGAUAUAUGAAAAAAAAUGGUUAAGUAAGACACAGAUAAUUCUUUUAGGGCAGUAUGGUUAAUGAUCGGAACUAUCUUCAAACAUUAAGAAUACCUUUUAAAAAAUAGCAACAAAAAAAAAAUCAACAAACAAAUUCUGAAAAAUCACGUGAAGGACCAAUGUCUCCUUUAAUUCAAUUAAAUAAGGAUUUUUUUUAACAAAUUUGGCAGUUAAGCCAAUAAUCACAGAACCUUGAAAAUGCAUAGACAAGUAAGUACUUUAUAAGUAUUCAUAGAUGCAGAUUUUGUGUAACCCUAUCGAAAAAUAUCAUAGACAAUAAGCAUUAGAUCAUGUGCAUUUUUAUUUUGGCAUUGCACAAGUCAUGUCUUCUUUGACUGCCCAUGGCGUUAAAACACUAAAUCCCUACCUGGGAUGUGUUUUAAUUGAUUUUAAUCUCUGAUGCAUGAUUUUUUAUUUUUAAUUGUUUUUGGCUUUUAACUAGCUUUCAGUAACUGCGAGUACUCUCAAAUCGUACUUUCGUGUUAAUUUGACAAGUUGACAUCAUGUGUAAUGCAUUUCUGUUAUUCAAUGUUUACUUAUUUUGUCUUACUAUUUUUAAUAUGUACCACCUUUGAUAAGUAUUUAGUAUGACGAAAAAAUGUUCACUUCUGUACUCGUACUAUCAUGAAUAACAAAUCUAUUUUGUAAAAAAUGUUUCUGUACUCCUAACAACAAAAUUAUUAUAUUUAAAUUUUCCUGUGUACGCUUCUUUAUUUAACGCCAUUUUGUCCUAGGUUAAAGUUGUCUUUUUGACAUUGAAACAUCUUUUUUAUUUAUAUUGUGUCAUAGAUCAAACUUAUUCGUUCAGUGUAUAUUUACUUGUUUUUGCAUAUUGUCUUUUUGAUCGAGUUAAGCCAUUUCAAUUGACAUUUUAUUGUGUGUCAUUUGAUGUUGUAAUAUUAAACCACUGUUUCAGGUUAAGGCGAAGGUUGGCGCCUGUUAAAACGUUUAAACCCACUGCAUUUCUAUGCACCUGUCCUUAGUCAGGAACCUGUUGUUUGGUGGUUGUCGUUUGUUGGUGUGGUUCAUAAGUGUUUCCUGUUUCUCGUUUUUAUCAUAGAUUAGACCGUUGGUUUUCCUGUUAGAAUUGUUUUACACUUGUCUUGUUUGGGGCCCUUUAUAGCUUGCUGUUCAGUGUGAGCCAUGGCUCCGUGUUGAAGGUCAUACUUUGAGCUAUAAUUGUUUACUUUUUACACAUUGUGACUUGGAUGGAUAGCUGUCUCAUUGGCACUCAUACCACAUCUUCUUAUUUAUAUAUAAUAUGAUUUAAGUUUUCAUUUUUUUUUUCAUAUUGAGUUAUAUAUCACAGUCUGUUAUGUGUAUUGUAUAUUUCAUAUUUUUAGAUAGUAUCAUUCCUAUGUAAUUAUGAAAUAAGAGUUGUCUUUCAUUGAACCGGUAUACAUAAUAAUCGAUUUAUUGUAAUUUCUUUUCACUAUUUUAUAUAUUCCUCAAUUUUGACACACCCACACACUCACUCUUUCUCUCAAACACACACACACACCCACACCCACACAGAGAGACACACACACUAUACAAUAUAUUGAUAUCUAGCGACAACUUUCAAAUAAAAUUUGUCAACUUGAGAGCAAACAGCGGGCUAAACAGGGCUUUAACUUUAUGUAACCAUUGUAUAGUAUGCCAUAAAUUCAGAACUCAGUUAAUACAUUAUAAUUGUCGGAAGAUAUAUACAUAGUUUGUACGAGCUUUAGUCUGUUUUGUUAUAAACCUUUAUUACAAUAUACAGGUACAUUUUAACAACUUGAAUACUAAUGUCUUAUACCAUGUUCACGCAGUCAUGGUCAUCGUCAUUAUACAUCACCUGCUCUUCAUGCUGUCUCUAUUAAUGACCUGCUGCCAUUUAUACAAAAGCCGUUAGGUAUUCACCACAUUCGCACGAAGCUUUAUUCAUUAUCCCUUUCAAAACUUCUAUCACUGUACAACUUAUGUUUAGAUACCACUGUUAGAAAUCUCCAUUCAAAUCAAUCUAAUAUCUCGGAUAUUGCCAGUCACAGACUUUUCAAACCAGUUCGCAUUGGAAAAGAUGAAAUGGAGAAAAGAUCCUUUCUAAAACUUUCCUUUGCCAACAAUGGUAUCGAUGCCAUCAACUUGGGCAAUAUCCUUCAUCAUAAAUCAGUUCACUCGAAAAUACCUCCCUAUUUUAAAGAUCAGUUUGUACUUAUCAUUUCUUAUACAUAUACCAAACCAAUUGCAACUAAAAUUUUCUAUUACAAACACGUUUGUAUUUCGUUUAUUAUUUUGUACAUAAAUUAGGCCGUUAGUUUUCUCGUUUGAA